GAGGGGUCAGUGUCGCAACCCUCGAAAUCGAUGGCUAGCUCUGGAAGGGAUCAUGGAAGCUGGCCUGUUCAUGAUCUUUUUGGGUUGGCUGGGUCAGCGACCAGCGGGAGGGAACGCCAAAUUUCCAGGGUGAGUUUGACAGAACACCAUUUCAACAUGACGUCGAGCCGAACUUGCGCAAAACACCCCCAAAGAACCAAAGAACGAAACGCACGAAACGAACGAAACGAGCGAUCGUUUUUCUUCAAAACGGUAUUGAACAUGUUGCGAGCGUUGCCCCAAAGGUCUGUUUGCGAGGGGCAACUGCUGCCCGUCGAAUGAUCAGACCCCGGACUACUCGUCACAACGAUCGGACUGGCUCUGGGCUACGUGGGACACAGAACUGGUUGGCUGGAUGCACCCUCCUCUAAAACUGCCACCCCUUCGCGUAAAGACGACCCAGAACUCGAGGUUUGCGCGGACCGUGACCAUUCUAGCCCGUGGGGUCAAGUGCUCAAACAUCGUCGAAUUUCUUCCUAACCCAAGAGAAGGAUUCAUUAACUGACCUUCAAUUCGAUUGAACGGACGUGCAUAUUCAAAUCUCUGUACAUCGUCACUCGGUACAACACCACUCCCAACAGCAACAACUGCAACUACUAGAAGAAACCAUCAGAAUCUCGACGCGAUCGAUCGAUCUCUCCUUUCUCUACAACACCAUGGAUUGCUUCAAGUGUGGCGGAAGCAUCCAAGACGACUUUGUCUACCGAGUCCAAGGUUAUCCUCAUCACAAAGGCUGUCUCCAAUGCUGCGAGUGUCACGCCUCGUUGGAAAAGACUUGCUUCUUUUCCCAGGACAAUCAGCUUUUCUACUGUCAACAGCACUUCUACCUACAACACGGACCACAAUGCCCCACAUGUAAGCUCCAAAUUCAAUGGGAUGAAUCGGCAAUUCGACUCGAGGAUGCCUUCUUCCAUUCCAAUUGUCUCAAAUGCUCGACGUGUCAGGUCUUGGUGGGAAGAGGGGACAAGAUCGGAUUCAACGCUGAGGGUCAUCUUGUGUGUGCUCAACAUCACCAGGUGACAGCGGGACAAGACGAACAGCCGUCAUCCAGCAUCUCGGAAGAGGACUCAGACAAGCUCAGUGUGUCGGACAUGGACAAGGAGGCCGCCCACGAUAGUCCCAAAUCCAAUGAGGACGACUCGGACAGCGAACGAGCCAAGUCCGACGACGGCAAAGACGGCAAACGACGAGGCCCACGGACCACAAUCAAGGCCAAGCAAUUGGAGGUGCUCAAGAACGUGUUCGCCCAAACACCCAAACCCACCCGACAUAUGCGCGAGCAACUGGCCAAAGAGACCGGGUUGCCCAUGCGAGUGAUCCAAGUUUGGUUCCAGAACAAGCGAAGCAAAGAGAAGCGCAUGCAUCAAAUGCGAUUCUUGCCCCGAGGUCCGUUCUUGCCGCCCAAUGGCCGACGAUUUGCUCCGGGAUUCUGUCUCCCUCCCAAUGCCGUGGUGUUUGACAACUACAACCCUUCGUGUGGUGGCCAGUAUCCUCCACGAUCCGACUUCAACAAUCAAACGUAUCAUGCAGUUCAUAUGAAUCAAGAUUUUGGCCAUACCGGUAUGGACACCCAUCUUCAACUGGUUUCCAACUCGAAUCCCUAUCCGUCUCCACCUCCACAAGCCCAUGACUUUCCAUCCCCAGGGCACCAAAUGCAAUUGAAUGAAGAGAGUACCUUCAUUUCAGAGAUGGGCUAUCCUUCACCGCCAUUAAUCCAAGAAGAUGCCUAUCAACCACCGCAAAUAUCAGUAUUGUAAAUCCUUACUAACUCAAGCCAUUACCUGUGAUAUUAUCUGCCUAACAGAAAAAAAAACAGUUCCAACCUUGAUCUCAUAUGUCGAACAAUAAAGCUAAACCAGUUUAAU